AUGGUUUCCUUCAGGACCAUAGCUGCCGCCUUUGCCGGCCUCGCGGCUCUUCCCCAGAAUGUUUAUACACACUCGACACAGCGCAACCCGCUGAGUUAUGUCACCAUCCUCGAAGAUGCCGUUUUCCACUCCCCUUCACAACACUGCCACGCCCUUUCGCACUUCGAUCUCACUUUUUCUCUACACGACAAGCAACAGGAAAUACGCCUUGCGCUGGAACCGAACGAUGACAUUCUCCACAACAAUCUCCAAGUGAAUUACAUGGGCCACGACGGCAAGAUCCACACCACAGAAACUGUCGACAGGUUAGAGCACCGGGUAUUCAGGGGAAAGGCAUUCGUACGCCACGAGGGAAGCCCCAACGACUGGAGGCAUGCUGGAUGGGCUCGAAUCACGGUACACCGAGACGGCGCGGAACCCAUUUUCGAGGGCGCUUUCCGCAUCGACGACGACCACCACCGAAUCCAGACCGGAACCAACUACCAUGCGCGCAAGCACCGCGAGGACCCCGACGCUCCGGGCAAGGGUCGGAAUCCCGACGAGUACAUGGUGGUCUGGAGGGACUCGGAUAUUAUCGAAUACUGGACCGACCGUGAGGAUCUAAAGAAGAAGCGGGAAAUUUUCGGCCGGUCUUCAUGCAACUCGGACAGCUUGGACUUCAACACCGACUACAAGAUCUUUGACGCGCGGGAUACCGAACCCCUGCAGUCCGUGCCAUCAAACUCUCUCUUCGGACGCAACAUCUUCGGCAGGCAGAUUGACGGCAGCACCGGUAACAACGGCGCAGGUGUCAACCUCGUCUCCACCAUCGGACAAACCAACGGAUGCCCGACGACACGCAAGAUCGCCCUCCUCGGCGUUGCUACGGACUGCACUUACACCGCCGCCUUCAACUCAACGCAGGCUGUCAGGCAGAACAUCAUCGAUGUGAUCAACGCCGCUUCCGAGGUGUACGAGAGCACAUUCAACAUCUCACUCGGCAUUCAGAAUCUCACAAUCAGCGACGCCAACUGCCCUGGACAGGCCAGCUCGACCGCCCCGUGGAACGUCGCAUGCAGUAACAGCGUCACCAUUACCGAUCGUCUCAAUCUCUUCUCGGCGUGGCGUGGUAAGUCCAACGAUGACAACGCCUUCUGGACGCUCCUGAGUACCUGCGGCACCGAUUCCGCUGUUGGUCUGGCGUGGUUGGGACAGGCCUGCACCGAUGGAGCCCAGACAUCAGGCAGCGGCAGUAACAAUGAGACGGUCGCGUCAGCCAACGUAGUGAUCCAGACGCCAAGUGAGUGGCAGGUUAUCGCUCACGAGGUCGGCCACACCUUUGGUGCCGUACACGACUGCACUUCCGACACUUGCAGCAAUGGCGAUUCCGACAUGCAGCGGUGCUGCCCCCUGAGCUCCAGCACCUGUAAUGCGGGUGGUUCUUACAUUAUGAACCCGUCGACCGGCACCGGUAUCAGAGCAUUCUCUCCUUGCAGUAUCGGUAACAUUUGCUCCGGUCUUCUCCGUAACCAGGUCAAGUCGUCUUGCUUGACGAACAACCGAAAUGUCAACACCAUCACCGGAAGCCAAUGUGGUAACGGCAUUGUUGAGUCUGGCGAGGACUGUGACUGCGGUGGAACCUCUGGCUGCGGCAGCAACAGGUGCUGCAACCCCACGACGUGCAAGUUCACCACCGGAUCAGUCUGCGACCCCGCCAACGAGGACUGUUGCAACGGCCAGUGCCAGUUCGCUUCCAACGGUACCGUGUGCAGAACGAGCACCGGUUCUUGCGACCCCCAGGAGACCUGCAGCGGCUCAUCAUCAACGUGUCCCAGCGACGAGCACAAGGCUGACGGUGAUUCUUGCGGUAACUCUGGCGAGGGCCUCACCUGCGCCUCUGGACAGUGCACCUCUCGUGACCAGCAGUGCAAGACCGCCUGGGGAUCGCGAACCAACUCCACCUCGGUUACCUCAUGCAACAGCGGCAGCUCAGACUGCAUGAUCUCCUGCAACGUCCCCAGCAUCGGCAACGGCGCCUGCGUGACGAUGAACCAAAACUUCCUCGACGGCACGUCGUGCACGGGCGGCGGCAAGUGCUCCAACGGCGUCUGCCAGGGCGCCAACGCCGGCACCGAGAUCAUGGACUGGAUCCAGAACAACAAGGGCAUCUUCAUCCCCGUCGUCAUCGUCGUCGGCCUCCUAGUCCUCAUUGUGUUGUUUAGCUGCAUCUGCGGCGCGUGCCGGCGGAGCAGGAGCCGGCAAAGGGCUAAGCGCCUCAAACCCGUGCCCGUGCCGGCGAUGGCGCACAAUGGCGGAUGGAACAGCUAUGGGGGCGCGUGGAGUAAUCCCAAUAUUCCCCCGCCGCCGCCGGCUGCUACGCGGCCCGGCGCGCCUCCGCCUUAUCAUGGCGGUGAUCCCUACCAGAACGGAGGUUGGGAGAUGAACAGGACUCAGAGCGCCAGGUACGCCUAA